AUGGCGUUGACUCUUGAACAAUUAAAAAUUAAACGCGGUAGUAUAAAAGCAUCGGUGACGAAAUUUGAAACUGCGUUGAGAAAAAUAAACGAUGAUACUGAUUUAUUUUCAUUAGAUUUAGAAGGUCGCUUGAGCAGACAUAACCCCUUAUGGAAAGAAUUUGAUAAUAUUCAAAAACAAAUAGAAGAGUUAUUACCUGGUGAGGAAAACAAGCAAAUUCAUGAAACAGAACAAUCUUCCUCGCGUACAAAUUCAGUUCAAAAUUUAGAAUCCCAUGAAAUACCAACUCAAAGACGGACGCACUUCCCUUCUCAUUUCCAACUGCUAAAAAUUGAGACACCUGUUUUUCAUGGUACAUUUGACACAUGGCUUGCAUUUUAUGAUUCUUUUAAGUCGAUGUGCCAUGAUAAUCAGGAUAUUCCAAAUAUCAGUAAAUUUAUGUAUUUAAGAGCAUGUUUGAGAGAUGAAGCAUCCGAAGUCAUUGCGUCGCUAGAAACAACUGCUGAUAAUUAUUUGAUUGCUUGGGAACUUUUAAAGAAUCGUUAUGAUAAUCGCAAGUUCAUUGUAGAAAAUCAUAUCAAAACUUUAUUUGAACUUCCCGCACUUUCAAAGGAAUUUACAGCACGCACAUUGCUUGAUAAUUUACAAAAACAUCUUAGAGCAUUAAAGGCAUUAAAUCAACCUGUUAAACAAUAG